AUGACAUCAACGGAAACGUUGGCCAAGGUCAGCGCCAGUGGUGAGGAUGGUCAAGUCGAAACUGCCCCAGAAGAGGACUAUGACCCAUACCAACAUCGUAUCGUCGACAAACCUAUCUCCACAAUUGGAACGUUCAUACACGUGAUGAAAGGAGCCAUGGGCAUGGGAAUCCUAUCGAUGCCGUAUGUCAUACGGAAUGGAGGUAUUAUUUUUGGAGUUAUUGGAACUUUUCUUCUAGGACUACUCUAUUCACAUUGUGUGCAUCUACUAGUCGGUACCGCAUAUAAAAUCUGCAAAAGAGACCGUGUCCCUAUGUUGACAUAUGCUCAAACUGUUGAUCGCGCUUUUGCUCUUGGUCCAGUCAGAACGAGACCGUUAGGCAAAAUAUUGAAAACUUUUACCGAUUACUACCUUAUGAUAACGUUUGCGCCUAUGGUUUAUAUGGUCUUCGUCGGUACCACUCUACAUGACGUUAUCAACAGUCGAACUGAUCUCGACUGGGACGUUCGUAUCUAUAUUUUAUUAGCCGCAAUACCAGCGAUUGUUAUAACCCAAGUGAGGGAGAUCAAAUAUCUGGUGCCCUUCUCGGCCAUCGCGACGAUCCUGAUCAUUGCCAACGUCGUGAUUUCCUUGUAUUACAUCUUUAGAGAACCUCUUUCUACUGACGAACGGGAUUUAUUUCCAACGUUUACUUCGUUAACAAAAUUCCUCGGAACAGCAUACUUGGCGUUCAAUGCAACUACACUUAUUUUCCCCAUUUCAAAUCAGAUGAAAAAUCCUCAGCAUUACCUCGGCUGCCCGGGAAUUAUGAAUGUCAACAACAUUUGCUUAGCAUUCUUGUAUAGCUUUCUUGGGCUGACGGGAUACCUUCGUUACGGCGAUGCAAUUCAGGGCGCUGUAACUCUGAACUUGCCAUCAGAGGAAAACUUGGCGUUAAUCAUCCAAGUCCUUUCGGCCGUUGCCAUGCUCUUCUCGAUUGGUAUAUUUUUCUACGUCCCACAGGAAAUCAUAUGGCGUAAGCUGCACCGACGAGUUCAACCACAGUGGCACAUGGUCGUGCAGUCGUUCAUUAGGUUAUUAUAUUUAGCAGUGAUCGUUGGCAUUGCUUGUGGCAUUCCAGAUAUAGGGACGUUCGUUGGAAUUAUCGGAUCCAUGUUCAAUCCUAUCUUAGCGCUCUGGUUUCCUGUAUUGGUCGACACCGUAUACCGAUGGCCCUCGGACUUUGGUUGGAUGAAGUGGCGGUUGGUAAAGAACUUUCUUAUGGGUUUAUUUGGAUCAUUUGUUAUGAUAACCGGGACUAUAUUCAGCGUAAGAGACAUAAUUAAGCUAUAUGAUUAG